AUGUCGGGGAAAGCCGCGACCAAGGACAAGAAGUCGAGCUUCAGCAAGAAACUGUUCAGGCGGGGCUCGGUGCGCUCCGUGGGCAGUUUCAUGAGCCGAGUUUUGAGGACCUUGUCGACCUUAUCCCACUUCGGCUCGGAGGUGCAAACGGAGGAGGACAAAGAUGACGGAGGGUUCACGUCAUUUAAGACUGGAGGUAAACAUUUGCCCGUGGAUGAUGGUGACAUCGGGGGCUUCCUGGCCGGAGAGAAGGUUCCCGGGGUGUCGGGUCUGAAAAACCACGGGAACACCUGCUUCAUGAACGCCAUUCUGCAGUGCCUGAGCAACACUGAACUGUUCGCCGAGUACCUGGUUCUGGAGCAGUACAAAGGUGAGGAUGCGGAUUUGGACAAACUGAAGACCAAUGGUGUACACCUGCAGAGGAAAGCCCCCCCACCCAGAGCGGAGGUGACAGAGCAACUAUCUGGUCUAGUGCGGGCAUUGUGGACUUUUGAAUAUACCCCUCAGCACAGCAGGGAUUUUAAAAAUGCAGUGUCAAGAAAUGCCUUGCAGUACAGAGGGAAUGCCCAACAUGAUGCUCAAGAGUUUCUGCUUUGGCUGUUGGACCGAGUACAUGAAGACCUCAACACGAUCAGCCCCAACAGCGGGCCCUCCAUAAAGCCACCAGUUGAAGAAGAUGACCAAAGCCUAGAAGGGCCUUCUCCUCCGCUGUCAGCUGGAUCAUUUGUACAAGAACUGUUUCAAGCUCAGUACAGGUCCUCACUCACCUGCCCACAUUGCCAAAAGCAGAGCAAUACCUUUGAUCCAUUCCUCUGCAUCUCCUUGCCGAUCCCUUUACCUCACACAAGGCCCCUGUAUGUGACAGUGGUCUACCAGGGCAAGUACUCCCACUGCAUGCGGAUUGGAGUGGCUGUUCCCCUCAACAGCACUGUGUAUCGCCUCAGAGAUGCUGUGUCACGUGAGACCAAGAUCCCCAUGGACCAGUUUGUUUUGACCGAAAUGUACUAUGACGGUUUCCAUCGCUCCUUUUGUGAUGAUGACGAUGACCUUGACAUCAUUCAAGAGAGUGAUUCCAUCUUCGCCUUUGAAACUCCAGAGACGUUUAGACUGGAAAAUAUUCGCACCAAAAGAGGAAGCCUGCUUGCAAAUCUAAAUCAGAACAAUUUGAAGUAUGGAAAUGAGAUCAGCAGAACCCCAUCUUUCAUGCAGGGGGCCAUGACUCCAGUAACUGCUUCGCCCAAUAAGAACCUAGGGGCUGAAAAGAUGAUUCUUUUGGUGUGUAACAGAGCCUGCACUGGCCAUCAAGGAAGGAGGUUUGGCUUGCCGUUUGUACUGUACAUGGAGCGCACCAUAACUUGGGAUGCUCUUCAGAAGGAGAUCCUGGAGAAAAUGCGUCAUCUAUUGAGGCCUGGAGUGUACGUUCAGGUGGGACCUUUCAGUCUCCGAGUGGUCGGCGUUGUUGGGAUCACCUACCUCCUUCCCCAAGACGAGCAACCGCUAUGUCACCCAACUGUAGAAAGAGCAUACAAGUCCUGUGGACAAGGGGGGCCACCACAUGUCAAGAUAGUGGUUGAGUGGGACAAAGAGACCAAGGAUUAUCUGUUUGGACACACUGAGGAAGAGUACAUCCCUGACGCUGAGAGCGUCUAUUUUCAUAGAGAGCAACACCACCAGCCUCAAGCCUGCACCCUUGCCCAGUGCUUUCAACUGUACACCAAGGAGGAGCAGCUGGCCCCAGACGAUGCCUGGCGCUGUCCCCACUGCAAGCAGCUGCAGCAAGGCCGCAUCAAACUCAGCUUGUGGACCCUGCCAGAUGUGCUCAUCCUGCAUCUCAAAAGGUUCAGACAGGAGGGAGACAGGAGGGUGAAGAUGCAGAACAUGGUGAGGUUCCCGCUGAUGGGCAUGGACAUGGCACCCCAUGUUGUUAAGAGAAGCCAGAGCAGCUGGAGUUUACCUUCCCAUUGGUCACCAUGGAGACGGCCCUAUGGCCUUGGACGCAACCCCGAGGACUACCUAUAUGACUUGUAUGCUGUGUGCAACCACCACGGGAACAUGCAUGGAGGCCACUACACAGCUUACUGCAAGAAUUCGAUUGAUGGGCAGUGGUACUGCUUUGAUGACAGCGAGGUUCAGCCAAUGGCUGAUGAUGAUGUGUGUCAGCAGACGGCCUAUAUUCUUUUCUACCAGAGAAGAACCACUAUCCCCUCUUGGUCAGCUAACAGUUCUGUUGCUGGUUCCACCAGUUCGUCUCUCUGUGACCAUUGGAUAAACAGGUUGCCAGGUAGCAGACCUGCAAGUCUGGCCUCUGGUGCAUCGUCAAGACGCACCUCUCUGGCUUCACUCGCUGAGUCAGUGGAGUUCACAGGAGAACGUAGUGAAGACGAUGGGGGAUUCUCUGCCCGGCCUUUUGUGAGGAGCAUUCAGCGCCAGAGCUUUUCCUCCAGGUCAUCCAUCGCCAGCCCUCUGGCCCUCAGUGAUACUGGGAUAAAGCCGUCUUGGUCUCUCUCGGCCAAGCUUCACAUGAGGUCCAACUCCCCCUCACGGUUCUCCCUUGACUCUCGCUGCUCCCCUCCUCUAGAAAGGAUAGGAGAGGCUUGUGAUGACAAAGUGUCCACAUCUUGUUUCGGCAGUUACAGUAGACAUGAGCGCUACUUUGGCAACAGGGCUCCACUAGCUAUGAUGGAGAGCAACAGCACUGACCAGGACAGCAAUAAAAGGUUCCUGGACAUGAUCUACUCCAAGGUCCCCCCUCCAGCUGACAAAAAGAAUGCAGAGAUUGAAUCAUCUGAAAAUAACAACCAGUUAACAGCUCUAGACCAAAACACAUUACCCUCACAAGUUGCUCCCUCCAAAGAGCAGAAGCGCAAAAGCAGUAUUGGAGGAUUUGCCUCUAGGCUGGAAAGCACAGGAUCCACAAAGAGUUCUAGCAAACCAGAGCAAGAAAGAAUAGCCAAAAAACGGCUGUGUUCGUCCUCAACCCAAAAGGCUUCCACUUUCCAGGCACCCUCUAGCACUACAGUGAAGGGCCCAAAGGUGACCAACACCAAGGACAAAAGUGCCAGUGCCAAGAAAAGUAAUUCUACGCCGAGUGGGACACCUUCUAAAAAGAAGGAGCCACCUCAGCCUCUUGAGGUGACACCACAACGUAAACAAUGCCUGUGCUCUACACCUCAGUCCUCAGCUUCCCCUUCUCCCUCUGCAAAGAACUCCACCAGUAGUGAGAAGAAUGGCACCAGCAGCAGGAAGAGACUGGUAGAGAGGAGCUUCAGCCGGGACUCCAUGCACUCUAGCCCACUGGUUGACAGUCCCCGAGGCAGCUCCAUUGCCCGCUCCUCCCAGCCCAAGAGUGGUGAAGGCAGCCGUCCUGAAAGGAGGUCAGUGAGGAGCUCCAGCAGCAGUUCCUCUGUCACCAGCCUGCGCUCACCCAGUGUGUCUUCUAAGGACGUGCGGCGCAGCAGCAAAUCUGAAGACAAGGGAUUGUCCUUCUUUAAGAAUGCUCUCCGCCAAAGGGAAAGCAGGCGGUCUGCUGAUUUGGGAAAGAGCACCAUGAUGGCAAAAAAGGGCUCAGAAAGGACAGGCAAGCAGUGUGCACAGGCAAAAGACAAAGGUCAAGACAGCGGAGAGACGUCAGACAAAGCCUCUUCGCAGGCUUCCACAGAGACUCAAUCAGGGGAGAAAAAGUUAGAGAAAAAGGAUUCUUCCAAGUCCUCAAGCUCUCUUAGUCGCUCUCUUUUAAAUGUAGGCAAGUCCAAGUCUUCCAUCGCUGAGAUGAAUCAUAAGUCUCCUACAAAUGGGAAAAAGCCUCUUGAUAAGAUGGCAUCUUCCAGAAAGCUGUCAACUAGCAUGCAAUCUCCUGCACGUGCAGCACAGAGGCCUCAAUGAUAUCUAGACAAGUAGUUACAUUAAUUUAGGUAAUGCAGCUAUUUUCUCCGUGCCUAAGUUACAGUGGGCAACUUAUGUAUUUGGAAAGCGAUAUAUAAUGGUGUGGUCUUGUACA